CGACGAUUUUUUAGCAAGCUUGUGGGGGAUACACCACCAUCCUCAAUCCAUCCGGUGUAUUUUGUGCAUUCCAAGUCCGCUAAGGCUGCAGAGGACAAGUUUGGUGUAGGCAUAAACUUUUCCCAUAUUCUUUACAAAACAAUCAGGGUUUUGCUUGAAAAAUCGGUGACCUACAACACCUCGGGGAGUUUUGACUGCACCGACCUGUCUUUCAGAGUGUAAGGAGUUGAACACGUUUAAGUUCAGAAGGUUUCGGCCGUGGUAGCCAGACUCUCGGCAUUGUCACUUAACAGGGAGCGCACUCAUGGUUUAGAAAAGAGUUAAGCGGAGGAUUUUGUAACCGACGAGAAGACCUAUUUGCACAACCAAGUCGUAUUUGGAAGUUAAGUUACGAAGAAACAGACGACUAGUUGAGAACACUCAUGUGGAGGUAUGUGCUGGCAUACGGAUUCAGAAACCUCCAUCCCCACGUUACCGACCCAAGAACCCCCAAACUUGGACGUCUCUUUAUCAUUAGGUCAAAGGGACUGCCGGCGCUGUGGCGCGAGGGACCCUCAAAAGGUAGCCGGCUUAAACAACCCCAAGUAAGUAUCAACACUCCUCUCAUCUACCUCUAUUGCAGCAGAAGAAUUAACUCCGGAGGAAAGGCUUUCUAGAUGUUUUCCUUUACGAAAAUUUUCAUGUGAAUAUUGUUCUAUAAUUAAUGAGUCCUGCUCACGUUCUUCUUCGAUCGAGCACAUGGUCUCUAUCCAUUUUCUUGGUGUUGUUGGUUAUGCCUUACUGAUCCAUGUGAAAAGAUCGAAAUAGGUGUGUUUUCGUGGCGCACUUCAACAGAUGAGCCAACUACUGCUACUGGACAAACUGUGUGAAGCAUAGCUUGCGAAUUGACCAUCACUCAGAACCGGAAGCUGUCCACUUAGAUUCUUUUACCUAGCACCUACAUGCCUUUGUUGUAUCCUAGUGGUUUCUAUCCGCAAGGUACUGGUAAGGUUAACAUUUUAAUGUGUUGAUCGCAUACAUUAGCUUAAUCAGAAAGAGUUAUCCCGCAGAAAAGAAAUUCAUAUUGUUGGUUUACUGUAUUCUGUGCUUUACUGACAUGUACGAGUUUGAAGUGCUUUCGAGUCUUAAUAUUCAAAACAUUAUUCCCUCUCUUUUCUUUAUAUCGUAGUUAUAAUUUUCUAAUGUCUAGAAAUAAAUCUUCGACGUGUUCCAAUUCCAGCUGGUGUUGUUGUCGUCGCCAGUUCAUUCUGAUACAUUCUGGUCUCAUGGAUUUGUACGUGAUAAGUCAUGAUGACUGAGCUCAAGCCCAUUAGUAAUUGACUAACUGGAAAUAAUUUCACGCCCACGUCAUUCAAGGCGUUCGGUGCUGUCCUGCUUCCAAGCGGUGACUAGAUUGUGUGGGGUGCAUCUCUAGAUUCUAACUGUGUGGCCGGUCAUGAUGCUGGCAUACUGGGAGGACAGUCAUAGUAUAAGUGGAAGUUGAAUGUGUAAAAUUAAAAUGUCAACCAGCUCUCGAAAUGAAGAGCGUGCAGAUUAGCAAAGCAGGGUGCAAGCACCACAAAGAUACGCUGACUCAAAUCGCCACUUAGCGAUCUUAUCACCGUUUUAAGGUUGUGCCUAAGCUCGAACGAGGUUGAAGACACUGUAAUGAGUCCGUUCUCUAGUAACGAAUGUGAUGCGAGUUGGCCUUCUACGUCUAGCAAGGAACAUGAGGAAUCGACGAGCCCUAAUUCCAAGGGCAAGGGGAAAAAAUCUAGCUUAUCACCGGAUUCGGACAAGGAAAUCGAAGUCUCAAACAAACUCACUGUCCCUGAAGUUUCUAGUUUGUCAUUGACAGACUCCCAGCAAUCUUUGGAGAGAGGGAGCUCUUCCAGCUCAAUUUUCUCCGACAUCAAUGGACUAUCAACAGAGAAUGUUGAAAAUGAUUAUCUUGAUUCUGAUUCUCUCGAUUCUGAUUCUCUCAAUUCUGAUCUUCUUAAUUCUGAGUCCUUCAAUAACACACAGGUUUCUGGAACUCCCGUAACUGCAUCCAUACUCACCGGGGCAGUAUCGCAAUAUGAGACUGAUAGCUUUGCGAGGAACGAUGAAGUUGAGCAUCUUAAUCUGGAAUUGGAUGCAAACACUGAGAAUAUGCAGGAAACUACUCAUGACGCCCUCGAUCCAAACUCGAUUGAAGUUUACAUCAAAACUAAACCAUUGAGAAAAUUUGAGGAUCUUUCUGGCACCGAGUCAGGCUGUAUUCCAGGCGCUAUUAUGGGUCAUUUUAUUGGUAUUUCAGGCGAUAUUUUUGACCGUUCUACAUGGUUUAAUCUAAAUCUUGAUCGAACGGAUUCUCCCUUGGUCUCAUCACGUGGCAUCACCAUCCCUAGUUUUGACAUGGGCAGUGGCGAGUUACGCUCACAGCAAGCACUGAUGAUCUCAGGGAGACUGAACUUAUGGACGCUGAGGAAAUUAUCGACUAAAAGUUAUAUAUAUAUACACACAUACUGUCUGCGGCACCUUCUAUUCUGCUCCACUCGUCUCUUAUUGGUAACUAUCACUUUUACAUUAUUCCUCGAGAGAUGAGAUAUUUUUUUCAAUUUUGGGAGUGUAUCACUUUUACAUUAUUCCUCGAGAGACGAGGUAUUUUUUUCAAUUUUGGGAGUGAAGAUAUAUUUUUAUUGGCUUAUCUUCUACAGGCGCUUCACAAGGAGGUUGAAAGAGUACAAUACUCAAAGAAAUUAACAAAUAUUAUCCAUAGUUUGUUAUAAAUAAUGUUAAGUUUUAUUAUUAAAAAAUGAAAACUUAUUAGGAAUUGUGUGAAGUUCUAUUAUGCAAGAAUAUAGGAUAUAUAUUAAAAGUAGAAACAUUACAACCUAAAGACUUGAUUGCUUAUAUUAAUAAAAUAAUAUUUAUUAUUAA